AGCCCUUUCCGGUCUGGCCGGCCGGGCGCUUCCGGCCGGAAGGGACUCCGCGGAGGGUGGAGGACCGAAGGGAAGUCCCGCCUCUACCGCCCCCCGGACGCUGCCGCCAACGUCGCCGCCGCCGCUGCCGCGCACCUAACCGGGACCCAGAGGGGCGGGCAGAUCUGAUUCCGGAGCUGCCAUGAUUGAAGUGGUAGCAGAGCUGAGCCGGGGUCCUGUAUUUUUGGCUGGGGAGGCGCUGGAGUGUGUAGUGACCGUCACCAACCCCCUUCCCCCCACGGCCACUUCUGCAUCCAGUGAGGCCCUGGCCUGGGCCAGUGCUCAGAUCCACUGCCAGUUCCAUGCCAGUGAGAGUCGAGUAGCACUGCCUCCCCCUGACUCUAGUCAGCCAGAUGUCCAGCCGGACAGCCAGACCGUCUUUCUGCCACACCGAGGUGAGAGGGGUCAGUGUAUCCUUUCUACUCCACCAAAAAUUCUAUUCUGUGACCUGAGGCUAGAUCCUGGAGAGUCCAAAUCAUACUCCUACAGUGAAGUGCUGCCCAUAGAGGGACCACCCUCCUUUCGGGGUCAGUCAGUCAAGUACGUCUACAAACUGACCAUUGGCUGCCAGCGUGUCAACUCCCCCAUCACGUUACUCAGAGUCCCUCUGAGGGUUCUUGUGCUGACUGGCCUUCAGGAUGUCCGGUUUCCCCAGGAUGAGGCUGUAGCCCCAUCCAGUCCAUUCUUGGAGGAGGAUGAAGGUGGGAAGAAGGAUUCAUGGCUAGCUGAGCUGGCUGGGGAGCGCCUAAUGGCUGCCACAUCCUGCCGCAGCCUCCAUCUAUAUAAUAUCAGUGAUGGCCGAGGGAAAGUUGGAACGUUUGGCAUCUUCAAAUCUGUGUACAGACUUGGCGAGGACGUGGUGGGGACCUUAAACUUAGGGGAAGGAACUGUAGCUUGUUUGCAGUUUUCAGUCAGCUUACAGACCGAGGAGCGUGUACAGCCUGAGUACCAGCGGCGACGUGGGGCAGGGGGUGUCCCCUCUGUGUCACAUGUGACUCACGCCCGGCACCAGGAAUCCUGCCUGCAUACAACCAGAACCAGCUUCUCCCUCCCAAUCCCUCUCAGCUCCACCCCAGGCUUCUGUACAGCCAUUGUGUCCUUGAAGUGGAGAUUGCAUUUUGAAUUUGUAACGUCCCGAGAACCAGGAUUGGUACUCCUACCCCCUGUGGAACAGCCCGAACCUACCACCUGGACAGGUCCUGAGCAAGUACCUGUAGACACCUUCAGCUGGGACCUCCCCAUCAAGGUGCUGCCUACCAGCCCCACCCUGGCCUCAUAUGCUGCCCCAGGCCCUAGCACCAGCACCAUAACCAUCUGAAACUGGCCCACCCUGGCGCUAGUUCCUUGCGAAUACUGAGAACUCAGCACCUGGACUCUAGUGGGACCCACUUUUUCCACCUGGGGUCCAAUGUCGUGGACAGUGAGAGUCAGGCUUUCAGCUAUAGCAUUAAUUUAUUUAUUCAGAAUACAUUGGCAGCUGCUAGUGGUUUCCCUGGAAGUGGCAGCAGCAGUGAGCAGUCAGCAGAUGGGUGAUCAGUUGAGUUUAGCUGGAGUGGGGAGCAGGAGCCCCAGGAACAGGGGUGUUGGCUGAGCCCCAUUCUGGGUCAGGCCCUCCCCCUUUGCAGGGCAGCCGAGGGUCAGAUUUUUGCACCAAGGAGAACUGGCAGGUUCCUGCCUCCUGACGUACCUCACACCCAGCCGGAAAGUCGAUGGGAUGCUGGGACCUGGGAAACCAAGGAUGGGGGAAGGAAUCAGCACAGUGAAAGGCUGCCUUUAUCCCUGCCCACAUGUUCCCUCUCUCACAGCUUUCCCCACUAGAGCCCCUUUCAGUGGCCCCUUGGUCCUCCUAAGCUCUCACCUACCAUAUGUGGGCCUUUUUGUUUUAUAACAGGAGUAUUUUCUCUCCAGGUACACCCCAACCUCCCCUGAUUUAUAGCCUGAGGCCUUAUCUUUCACACUAGUGUUGGGCCCUUCAUGUUCGGCCCAUCUUGUACUGCUCUUCUGUUCAUUCUUACAUCACAGCAAUCUAGUCCCUCCCUGGUCAUCCCUCAGUCAUUCACAUCAGAGUCAUUCUCUCUGGCUAUCUUUGGUCACUCACGUGUCACAGCAGCCCACACCAACAGGAUGCAGACAGGUGCAAUGGAAACAGUCCUUGCGGAGCCAAGACUCACCCAGGGUGAAAUAUUUCCCCUCAUAGUGACAGGGGGCUAGGGAAGAACGGAAAAUGUUAGUGGGUGUAGGAGUGCUGAUGAGAGGCAGAGUCUCUUCAGGUCUGGGGUGGAGACGGUAAGUACAUACUAUAUCCGUAUUUAGUUUGUCUUUCCUCUUUCACAGCUGAAGGGAGCCUGGGUAUUUUGACAUGGGAUCAUCUCUAAGGCCCCGUGCUCCCUGUGCCCUCUCUGCUGCUCCUUCAUUCCUAAUGCCUCACCCCACUUUACCUUGAGCUUGGAAGUAGCACUUGCUGUAGACUCCUGGGUGCUGGAGGAGUAGAGACAUCACCAAGCAGACGAUCCCCCAGCCUCCUAGGAUCCCCUUGGCCUGUCCAGCCCAGAGCAUCCUCAGGGCCAUUACUGCUGCACAGCCCUCUCGGACCCUUCUUGGCCUCUGCUCAGCUACUCUGGUCUUGACUCCUUGACUUUGCUUUGCGUUGCUCCUUGAGUCUUAGUUUCUUUCUUUCUCCCCUGGGCUCCUGUCUCACACUAUCUCCCUGCCCUCUGCUCUCACAGGCUGGGGAUGUUUAUAAAGUGAGGACCCUGGCCCCCUGCUGAGUAGAGCUGGAAAAGCUGUAACUCUGUUUCCUGAGGUGAGGGCAUGAAAACAAGAGGUCUAGCUUUAACAAGCUGUGAGAGCUGAUUCAUGCCCCGGCACAGCUAGAGGGAGGGAGGUGGCCAUGGAGCGGGCACUGGACUGGGCACUUCCCCAGCAAGGAGGCAGGAGGGGUGAGGGCCCCCAGGUGGUCCCCAGAUCUCUUCCCUGACCUGGAGAGAAGGAAGCAUUCCACCUUCCCCCUUUCUCCCCCACUGCCACCACCAGGGGUGUGUACGCUGGGAUCCCUGCCUGGACCGGAGGGAGGCAUUUCCUGGGGAUGGUUAAUCCUGUGCCCCAGCCAAACCCAGGAGCUGCAAUAGGGUGCGACGGCCAGAGGCUCCAGGAGAGUGAGCAGGCACCUGGAAUGGAGACUGUGUUUCUCUCAGAUCCUGGGGCAGGGUUUCCCUAAUGUAUCCAAGAAAUAGGGCUGCCCCUCAGAGAUGGUGGGGAGGGUCUCUUUUCCUCAGGCAUUCCAGAGGUGAACUGUCCAUUGCUUAUCACCCUCAAACAUACAGCAGAUGUGGGAUCACCCCACCUCUAGGGAUGGUUCUUUCCCCCUUUCAAAAAGGAGCAUCGCUAUGUGCCCUGAUAAGAUGAAUCACUCCAGGUUCACAGAGGUGUCCUCUCUUUCCUCCCAUAUGUAAUAAGUGUGGUUUUUAGGAAUUUAUCAUUUGGCAUCCUCUGAGUUUCCCACAGGUUCUGGAGGAGCCCAGGAUGCAUGAUUGAGAGCAUAGGCUGCAGAGACAAUCUUCUUGGAUUCAGAUCCUGACUCUACUUAGCUAUGUAACCUGGUCAGAUUACUUCACCUCUCUGAGCCUGUUUCCUCAUCUAUAAAUUGGGGAUAGUAAUGCCAACUCAUCGGGCUGUUAUGAGGAUUAAAUGAGAUAAUGCAUGCAGUGCUCUUAUCACCAUCUCUGGUACGUGAGCAUCAGGAAAUAGCAGUUGCUGUGAUUGGGGUUAAAGCUCAGAGGCAAAAUGGGUGACAUCCUUUUCUUUGAAUGACAUUAAGCAGUUUGUGCAUAGCUGAGGGCUUCUGUUGGGGAUGGCUGUCUCCUGGCAUAGACCUCUGCCCCUUUCACACUCAUGCUCCAUGUUAGCAGUCCCCAACCUUUUUGGUACCAGGGACCGGUUUUGUGGAAAACAAUUUUUCCAGCAAUGGAUAGAGGGGGAUAGCAGUGAGGGGAUGAUUUUGGGGUGAAACUGUUCCACCUCAGCUCAUCAGGCAUUAGAUUCUCAUAAGGAGCGUGCAGCCUAGAUCCCUUGCAUGUGGAGUUCACAGUGGGGUUUGCACUUCUCUGAGAAUCUAAUGCCCCUGCUGAUCUGCCAGGAGGAGGAGCUCAGGCGGUAAUGCUCACUCGUUCGUGGACCAUGUCCUGCUUUGUGCUCCCGCUUCUUAACAGGCCACAGACUGGUACUGGUCUGUGACCUGGGGGAUGGAGACCCCUGCUCCAUGUCACCUUUCCCACCUCUUUCAAAAACAGGUACCUCCAGGA